UAUAACGCGGUUUCACCUAUAAUGCGGUGUCUUCAGUGCUUGACAAAGAACAUUUCCAGAUAUGUUGCAGAUAUUAAGCCUUUGCCUCCCAACAUAAAAGAUAAGCUGAUAAAAUUAAUGAGUAUGCAAGGGCGGAUAACUGAUUCAAAUAUCAGUGAGGUGCUGCACCCAGCAGUGGAGACGCUAGAUCUUAGAGAUUGUGAUAUUUCAGAUACUGCCCUGCUGCAACUUUGUAAUUGCAAGCAACUGAAAAAAAUUAACUUAAAUUCCUGUAAAGAAAACAGACUAGCCAUCACUUCAGAAGGAGUCAGAGCUCUGGCCUUGUCUUGCCCUUAUUUACGUGAAGCCUCAUUUAAAAGAUGCUGCAAUGUAUCAGACAGCGGAGUUCUGGCUCUGGCGCUCAAUUGCCAUCUUCUACAAAUAGUGAACUUAGGCAGCUGCUCAGGCAUCACCGAUGCAUCCCUGCAUGCGCUUGGACAGAACUGCAGAUUUCUACACAGUGUGGAUUUUUCAUCUACUCAGGUGACUGAUAAUGGUGUCAUAGCACUAGUUAGUGGGAUGUGUUCAAAGAAUUUAAAGGAGAUCCACAUGGAACGCUGUGUGACUCUGACAGAUGUAGCUGUGGAAGCUGUCCUUACCUGCUGUCCGGAGAUCUAUAUUCUGCUGUUUCAUGGAUGCCCACUGAUAACAGAUCGUUCCCGAGAAGCCUUGGCGCAAUUAGUUGGACCAAACAAAAUUAAGCAAGUGACAUGGACUGUUUAUUGAUUUUUAUAUAAAGUUCCCAGAUGGUAAAGCUUUUUCAGGAAACAACCAUCUCUGGGGAACAGCUUUCUCUCUGGUAACCACUGUCUUUUGUAAUACCAGAUUCCUUCAUUCUUUGUUUCUACUAGAGCUCUCUGUCAGCAUCCAAGUCCUUACAUGUCUUAGGUGUGCCUGCCAAUACCCUGUUAAAUGAUAUUUCUUGUAAUUAAAGCAAUGCCUCUC